AUGGCAGCUCCGUUUCGUGUCCGUUUCCCUGUGAUCCAGCUGCCAGAGUCGGGUCCUCCCAAUGCCAACGGGUCUAGCAAUGGCGUCGAGCACGUGACCGUAAAUGGAGACGGGAGUCCCAAGGACGAUGCCGCAGAGGAUAGUGAACCAGAGGUGCAGUAUGAGCGUGGCAUGAAAAAUGGCUUCAAGUCGCUCUUCGGCACCGCCGAUAAGCAGAACCGCUAUACGUGGAAGGAGAAGAUACCGGAUGACCUAGGCAAGCCUGCGGAAAACAAGAGAACUUCCAAGUGGGCACUGAUCGUGCGGAAGGUGAGAAAGUAUAACGACCCGUCCAAGGUGCUCGAGAUCCACUCGAUUGCGGUGCAGAGCCCGCUGUUGAAGAAACUGCUCGCGGGAGUCCUGAAAGGCUACCCAGGAAUUACGCCGACUCUUGAGAGACUGGAGUUUGGAGGCCGCUUCGAACCCCUCAUUCACCGAUGGGAAGAAUUACAAAACGCUAUCGACGGCCUUGGAAGCGAGACCGAGGAUGAUCGUACCACCAAAGCGCAUGCCAUGUUGCUGAAGGAAGUUUUGAUGGACGAAUUCCAGUCCCUUAUCGAAACAUCGCAAGAUAUGAAGAGAAAGAAGGUUAUGACGUUCGAGCACCUUUGGACCCUCUUCCAGCCCGGCUCCCUCGUCUACAUGCGCAACGAUGGCCAGGAGACGGCUCUUCACAUGCAAGAAGCGAAGUAUGGCGUAGACGCCAAAGGCUUACCCGUAUUCUGGGUCAUCGGGAGAUAUGUUGAUUAUGAUGGCACGAGAUUCGGAUAUCAAAAGCUCAACGUCUCAAUAUCUGCGUAUAGCGGGACUCGUCCUAUCAACUCUCUGGCCGUCUUUCCACUCGAAUAUCACCACGAUGCCGAAGGUCUGAGAACCCGGUUGGUUGAACGUGGAGCGCGUGUGGAAGCACUUGCUGGACCCAGUUACCGAGCUUAUGAUGGAAUGGCCUGGAGGCUCAACGACCAGACUUUGGCAAAGGAUAAGUAUAACGUCAAGGGCAGAAUAAUGAUCGACACGUACGGUUGGAACCGCUUCAAUCCUGCACAUGCUGUGUAUGUUUCUCCGCUGACGCAGAAGCAAUUCCAUGGCCGAGCUCCGUCUGGUCGUCUGCCGCCUCCUCUUGGUUCGCUCAUUCCCCCACCAGCAGGUAUCCCGCCUCCACUCCCCCCAAUUCCCCCUCUACCCGGUUCCAUCGAUCUGGAUUCAGGCAAUAAUGAACCCGACGCUGCAGAUGACUACGUAGAGGAGAAUGAUUGCGGUGAGAUGCCGUUUGACGGAAAGUUUGCUAGCGAGGAUGAGGUCACACAGAAAAUCCCGCUUACCACAGAGCAGAAGCUGAUUUGCUCGCCGGUCCUGCGCGGCUAUAGCCUGAAGCACAAACUCUGGCUGAAUUUCUUCGUGAAUUGCGUGGAAGAAAUACAAUUCCAGACGGAUGCAUUCGAGAAGCUUGUGCUACCUGAGAAUCAAAAGGAGCUUAUUCUUGGCUUCACGGAGACACAGGUCAAGUGCAAGGGUCUCUUUGACGACUUCAUUCAGGGCAAAGGCCGUGGGAUGAUUAUCCUGCUUUGUGGUCCCCCAGGUGUUGGUAAGACGUUGACGGCGGAGGCCGUGGCUGAGGAGAUGCGCGUCCCCUUGUAUGCAAUGAGCGCUGGCGAUCUCGGUUUGAUGCCCCGCGCCGUCGAGAGCCAACUGCAGCAAGCGCUUGAAAUAUGCACGCGCUUCUCCGCUUGCUUAUUACUCGAUGAAGCGGACAUAUUCUUGGAGAAGCGGUCCCUUCACGAAAUCGAGCGGAAUAAACUCGUAUCUAUCUUUCUACGGGUAUUAGAGUAUUACGAAGGCAUCAUGUUCCUCACCACGAAUCGGGUCGAGACGUUUGAUCCAGCUUUCGCUUCCCGGAUCCAUAUCAGCAUCAACUACCCAGAGCUCUCCAUGGACUCUCGUACCAAGGUCUGGAAGAAUUUCCUGGAGGCUUCGCCCCAGGAGCACACGAUCACUUCCAAGGAGCUUGCUUCGCUGAGUCGCAUGAAUCUCAACGGUCGGCAGAUCAAGAAUAUCCUGAAGAUCGCUCGCCUGCUCGCUUCUCGGAAGAACGAGAAGCUGCGUCAUGACCAUAUCAUGACCACUUUGGAAGUGACCCAGCAUCUUCAUAAUGAGUCCCAGAUCUCUGACAGGACGCGUGAGACUCUUUAUCACUAG